AUGUCAUAUGGUGUCUAUAUUGCUCAAUAUAAAUAUGUAUAUACCUAUAUAUCUGCAUAUGAGUGGAAAGACAGUUCUUUUGUCAUGCUACCUGUAAUGAAGAUCACACCCAGAUGUGCCAUUAUUAUUUUGGUGACUAUAGUUGCCAUAGUGGUGCUGGGUUUGAUAAUUGGCCUUUCCGUACGCAAGAAACCUAAUUUAAAAGAGGAUGAAGACGCAUUCUUCAACUAUUACUACGGAGAUUCAAAGCAUCCAAGUCCAGUCCGGAUGAAUCCCUCUUCCAAACCUAACGCAUCCAAGUCCAGUCCGGAGGAUGAGGAAGACGCAUUCUUCAACGAACUCUAUGGAGAUUCAAAGCAUCCAAGUCCAGUCCGGAUGAAUCCCCUUCCAAACCUAACGCAUCCCCUAAGGCAUCCAACUGAUGAAUGUGAACGUGUUUGCUGUGACACAACUCCGCAAAUCAUUUCUAUGGGAAGACGACAACGUAUAUGA